ACGCGUCGCCCCGAUAUUUCCUCCCUCCCUGCCUUCGCCUCCAUCUCACCUCACCCUCGCCGCCGUCCACCCUUGACUUCUCUUUCCCCGUCUAUAUAACGAGAGCCCGGCGGAUACGUGUUUCACCGCCCCUUCCUUCCCAUCCUGCUCUGCUCAGCGCCUCUACUGCUUCCCCUCCGUCCACCGAUCGAGUGAAAAAGCUCUCCGUUCGCCGGAAGAUCCACGACCAUGGCGGGCACGGCCAACUGCAUCGACAUCAUCCUCGCCAUCAUCCUCCCGCCCCUCGGCGUCUUCCUCAAGUUCGGAUGCGGGCACGAGUUCUGGAUCUGCCUCUUGCUGACCUUCCUCGGGUACAUCCCGGGUAUCAUCUACGCCAUCUACGCCAUCACCAAGUAAACUAGCAAGCCGUCCCGAGUGUUCCGCGACACAAUAUUUUCAGGAUGAUUUGAUCUGUCUAGUCCCUCCUUGCCUGUGUGGGUUCUUUUAAUUCUUUUCCGUGUGCGUUGAUGAUGCGAAUUCCUCUGUGGUUUCCAUGGACCAUGUGAAGAGCAUCAGCUUCUGUAUGUAUAUGUACUAGUAUGAUAUAUGGGAGUUUAUAUAUGCUUCCCGAGUGGGAAUACUUCUUGUUAAAGUUA